AUGGGAUGUCUCCAAUACUAUUCACGUUUCAUUCUGAACUUCGCCACAAAAGCCCAACCAUUGUUUGCUGCUCAGUCGAAUACGGAAUGGAAAUGGACUAUCAUUCAGAUAAUAACUGACCGACCAGCACUCACACCGUUUUCUCCGACGAAACAUCCAACUUUGGUCACCGGCGCAUCAGAUAUUGGCUUUGGUGCUGUACUCGAACAGGACGGAUGUCCGAUUGUCUGCAUCUCUCGUCUAUUGAACACGGCAGAACGAGGAUAUUCGCAGACGCAGAAAGAAGCACUAGCUGUACACUGGGCCGUCCGACGCCCACACAAAUACCUGUUUGGAUUGCGUUUCACCGUAGUUACCGGUCAUCAAGCAUUGCAAUAG